CAACAAUGCCAAGUACUCGUCGUUCUUGUUUAUGCGGAGAAUGAUUCCCCACUCCCAAGAAAUGUUCCUUACCUGCUCAGUGGCGGCACCGUAGUUGUCUGGAUGCCAAUCCCCCUAUCGUAAGGGGACCCUGUCUCCCCUUUCCAAGCACCGGGUGGGGACCGUCAGUCGUCCCUUGCAGUCGGUAGGUAAUAACGGCAGGAUCUUCCAAAAAUGAAAUCGUAUGAGCAGAGAGGGGUUCCCAAAGUACGGGUAUGGUUGGGCGGGGAGCCUCGAAAACAUGUAUUUAUAUUCAUGAAAAGUUAUGCCGACUCACGGCAUCGGAUGCCCAUUUAUACCGUAACCUCUACAGCCAUGGUUUCUUUUUUCCCUACAAAUUGACAGACGUGAUCAACGAGCCAACAUCGAAUCCAACUCAUGCGACCCUGCGAACAAGCACCCAGCCGCCCGGUCGGUAGUUGCCGCAAAGCCAACGAACAUACCGUAGCGAUUCUUCCCCCGCCCUCUGAACCGUACCGGUAUGCUGGACCCCUGGAUAAACACCACUAGACCCUCACCUUCCCCGCCGAACAGCAACACAUCUAUCCUCAGUCCAGAUGAGUUCAUCCCAGUCAGAGCCGCAUCCGUCCGACGCAGAACUAGCCGAAGCAGCAGCGUUCCGAGUCUUUGACAAGGAUGGAACCUCCCGCGCCUUUUCGAGUUUGUAUGAGGGCGAGGGGACGACAAUGAUUGUGUUCAUCAGAAACUUUUUCUGCGGGAAUUGCCAAGAGUUGAUAUCCCGUUGACCUCCUUUUGUCCCGAGUUAUCUACAGUAUUGGUGACCUGGGAAUAGGUAUCUUCGAGCUCUAUCAAAUCCGCCUAUGAUCCCCCCCGAUGCUCCUGGGAAGAGAUUGCUUAUCGUUGGGCAUGGGGAUCCUGCUGUGAUCAGCACUUACACCGCGGAAACCGGGUGCGUGUUCCCCAUUUAUACGGAGCCUACCAGAAGACUAUACACUCUCUUUGGCAUGGUAAGGAAUUUGAAGCCAGGAGAGAAACCGGAGUAUAUUCAGCAGAGCACGAUUAGCGCUAUAGCCACCAGCUUUGUCUCGGCUCUCAAGUGGGGGGGCAGGAAGGGCGGAGAUUACCAACAGGUAUGAUAUGGCGUACCACUUUGUUGAAGAGCGGUAUAUUCUGAUUUGAGCCGCUGUUCAGAACGGCGGAGAAUGGAUGUGGGAGAACGGGAAGCUGGUUUGGUGCCAUAGGAUGAAGAAUACCAGAGAUCAUUUGGAAGUAAAGGAUUUGAAGCAGGUCUUGGGGUUGUGAAGGUCUAUGUUUGAUAUCAAUAGAUAGCCUACGAUAAUGAGCAAUGUGUUGACGAU